GACUUUCUGACAUGCUACGACGUGUUAGAAAGCGUUGGGAACUUCAUGGCAUCCGUCCUAGUUGGAUAGGAGAAGAAAUCUUUCGGGAACUUCUUAAAUAUUGGGAGAGUGAUGAGUUUGCGGCCAAAUCUGAAAAUGCAAAGAAGAUGAGAGCAUCUGAAAAGGGUGGUUGCCUUAAUGCUGUUGGAAGUAUAAGCACUGCUGAGCAUGUUCGUCGCAUGACUAAGGAAUUAAAUAGACCACCACUUAUGACCGAGCUGGUUGCAAGGACUCGGAAAAAGAAAACAGGAGCUUUUGUUGACAAUCGUACACAAAAAGCUAUGGAUGAUUAUCAGGCAUUGCUUGUACAAUUUCUGACUGUUAAUCCUCAGUAUACUCCAAGACCGAGAGAGCCGCUUCAUCCGGAUGUGGAUUUUUAUCUUUGGAAUGAACAGAGAGAAACCGUAAGACAAUUGGCGGUAAAUGAGGUGAGGCGUGGGCGGCGGAUUGUGAAGCGGCAUUGA